AGCAACUGCCGUCUCGUGGUCGUCCGCGCAAACGAGCGUUCUUUUUCGCCAGAUAAAGGAACAACAUGAUGGCGCCACUGUGCGUGGCAGCCGCGCGCUGGCAUGUUUCUGAAGGUUCGCCCGGUUUGUCAGCCGCUGCGAUGUCCAUUGGUUGCCCGCGACAGGGGGCGCAGCGUUGUUCCAGAUAGUGAACAGCCCCCCGGCACGGCAUUGCGACGGCCGCGCCGAACGAUAGCGGUGAGGAAACUAAAGCCCAUGGGCGCGACAGCGUCGGCGGCCACGCUGCUGGGCCGCGCCGAGCGAUGUCGGCGAUCAAGAGCGCGACGAGUGGCGCCCUGGCCCAUCAACGUGGUGGCGCGCCAUGUGCGCGCUGCCUUC